AUGAUUAGCAUGAUGUUCAAGAACAUCGGCAAAUUUCGCGAGCGGGAACGGGACGUGGGCGGGGCCAGCUCGCCCUCGACCACGAUAGCCACGCCCACCGGUACGCCGCCCCUGCUGCCGCCGCUGCCCAACACGUUUGUGGCCAUCAAGACGAAGUCCGACUGCAGCAGCAGCAACCACAGCAACAGCAACAACAGCAACAGCAACAACAGCCUGACCCUGCACAGCGGCAACAACAGCUUCAAGUCGAGCGGUCACCGAAAGUCCCCUCAGCCGCCCCCGCUGCCCAUGAAAAACGGCGCCAAACAGCAGCAGCAGCAGCAGCAGCAGCAGCAACAAGAGUCGCACUACCAACACUUGAGCUACCAGCAGCAUCCCGGCAGCAACGCACGCAACACCCUGGACCGCAAGCAGACGAACAACAGUGGCGGCGACUACUGCACCCAGAUCAAUCCGCACUAUCUGCAGACCUUCGACAGCCUGGACCACUACAGUGUGGCCACCAUGCAGCAGCAGCCGUUGCGCAGCCAGUCCAAGUCGCAGAUCUACAGCUACGGCAGCAGCGGCACCGCCAGCGACAACAGCAACCACAACCAGCAGCAUCUGCCGCACCAGCAGCAUCAGCACUACCACAGCAGCAGCAACAUAGCCCACAUCGAGCACCACUACCAUCCGCAGCACGGCAGCGAUCGCUACAGCCACCCGCACGUGCAGCAGCAACAUCAGCAGCAGCAGCAUCAGCAACAUCAGCUGCAGCAGCAGCAACACCACAGCCUGAAGCACACCAAGCACGGCAAGGGGCACAAGAACGGCAAGCACGGCUCGAAGGGCAGCAGCAGCAAGUCGCAGGACGACUUCAAGGUCCUGCACAAGCAGCAGCAGCAGCAGCAGCAUCUACAGCAACAGCAGCUGCAGCCGCCCAAGUGCAGCGGCAACAGCAAGUCAGCCAAGCGCAACGGUUGCGGCAACCAGGUGUUGCCGCUGCCACCGCAGCAGCAGCAGCACUACUCCAGCUCCAGUGAUAGCCUACCAUUUGAUAAUAACUACUAUUAGAC